AAUGUAGCCACUAUGACAUAGGUAUAAAACCCAGGAAUUAUUGGAGGUCAUCAUUCAUCAUUCGACGUGGCUACUUUCACCAGUAAGAGUCAUUUGUCAGAAGGAAGGAUGCAUCUAUUGACGUGGUUUGUUAUCUUAGCGGUAUCUAUUUGCUACAUCAGUCAGGCACAAGCAGGCGACUGUACGUACAAGAAGAUCUACAAGGAAGAUGAUGAUGUUGAAUUUAAAGGCAAAUGCGGGACUUGUAAGUGCAGUAAGAAAGGGAAAUGCAAAGUCAGCAAGUUAUCGGAAAAGAACUGCAACGUCGUGCCAGAUUAUGAAAACCCCGUUUUAGAUGAAACAAAGUUGAAUGAAACUGAAAGUCCUGGUAACGAAACGUCAGCGGUUGGUAGAUUAGGGUAUAUCAUAGGUUGUGGGUAUGAAGUUUGGACGUUAACAGACACCGCACCAUGGGCCGAUACCAACGACAUAUUUAGGAUUAGAUUCUUUACUCGUUAUUGGUCGGUUCCUUACACCUUGAAUAACCCCGGAAAUGACAGGGAACGUGGCAGAUGGGAUUACUAUGGUCUUUUCCCCCCGAAUGAUCAUCAUGUUAUAAAUUACAUAAAGAUCGAACAUGCAUGGGGGACAAAUGGCUGGAAAAUCAAAAUCAUAUUUGUCAAGCAUACUUGUACGAAUAGGAUUUACGAGUUUUGCUGUCGUGUGGAUUGUUGGGUAGAUCGUCCCUCGAUUCCAUAUAUCUACAUCAAGCGUUCAAAUGGUAAUAUCUCACCUUAAGGUCAAGACGACACUUUAUCAUUCAAUUCGGCACCAAAGCAUUUGAUUUGUUGAAAUAUGGUGCAUGAUCGACAAUAAAAAACAAUACUAAGCUGCA